GCCACAAUAUUCUCGAAGCAAUUAUAAAUAAUAUUAUCCGCAGUGUCUUUCCUCCUUCUGUUUCUUCUUCUUCUUCUCAUCUCGCCUUCGUUUCUCUCGUUCUCUUUCCAAAACCCCUCUUCCGUUCCAUUCAACUCUAGGGUUAGGGUUUUUCCUCUCUCUCUUUCUCUCUCUACCCCCAAUCUCUACUUUCUCUCUCUAGGGUUUCAUUUUCUUCCGAGUUAAUUCCCCUCUUUGGAUCUCGAUCUACUUGUUUCUGUUACUGUAAUGGAUAACCGCAAACGAGGGAGGUUCGAUGCCGGCGUUAACGGCUCCGCUAAGAAGACUAAACAAGAAAUGGACUCAAUAUCAAGUGGUGUAGGAAGCAAAACGAAGCCUUGUACCAAGUUUUUCAGCAUUGCUGGCUGCCCAUUUGGUGAAGGCUGUCACUUCUUGCAUUUUGUUCCUGGUGGUUAUAAUGCCGUUGCCCAAAUGAUGAAUCUGAAACCUGCUGCACCUCCUAGAAAUGUUGCCGCCCCACCACCAGUCUCUAACAAUGGAUCUGCACCGCAAGCUGUUAAAACCCGCAUAUGUAACAAGUUUAAUUCUGCCGAGGGCUGCAAAUUUGGUGACAAGUGCCAUUUUGCCCAUGGUGAAUGGGAACUUGGCAAACCAUUUGUUCCAUCAAUUGAUGAUCACCGUCCUAUGGCACCUACAACAGUUAAUCGUAUGGUUGGUCGAACUGAGGCUCCCUCUGGUCUGGGCGCUACUAGCUUUGGUGCCAAUUCCACUGCCAAGAUCAGUGUAGAAGCUUCCUUGGCUGGAGCCAUCAUUGGAAAGGGUGGUGUGAACUCGAAGCAGAUCUGUCGCCAAACAGGAGUCAAAUUUUCAAUUCGUGACCAUGAAUCUGACCCAAAUCUUAGAAACAUUGAACUUGAGGGAACAUUUGAUCAAAUUGCACAGGCAAGUAACAUGGUAAAAGAUUUACUUUUGACUCUAUCAGUCUCCGCCCCACCGAAAUCCGCCCCAGGUGGUCCAGGUGCCCCAGCCCCACCUGGAAGAAACAUCAAGACCAAGCUUUGUGAGAAUUUUGCUAAAGGGUCUUGCACAUUCGGGGAAAGAUGUCAUUUUGCCCACGGUGCUGCCGAAUUGCGAAAGCUAGGAAUCUAAAAUUGACUAUGAUCCAGUGUUUAAUUUUUCUUUCAUUAGCCAGGGAUGAAGUUGAGGCACAUCCACCAUGAGAUUUUCAGUGUGACAUGCUCUAAUUUUUGCCUCUUAAGUUGUGUUUGUUGUUGAAAUUGUAUUUGUUGGAUGGAUGGUUUACCGGUAGUUGAGGAACACUUAACCAUGGUUUAUUUUUGAAAGCACCAAUGUCAUCAGUUACGCAAAGGAGUUGUUGCUCUAGCUUUGAUAAUUGAUUUUUUCUAUCCGAGUCUUUUUUGUCCUGUUACUGUUACCAUUUUAUGUUAGAAAUGUUAAAAUUGAUUUUUUUA